CCCUAAAAAAGACACGAUCAAUUUGGGUCUUCCAUUCCCCAUCGGUCUGACUUCCUGAGUGUUCCAUUCUAAUGAUCGAAUUUCGAAUUCAUCAUGGUCGGACACUGGCUUUGAUUGGUUCCUGGCCCACGUUUUCCGCUCGGGGAGCCCACCUCGGCCACCUUUCAGCCCUUUUUUGACUCUUUCGACUUAGACCGACUGCUUUGCUUCGCCUACGUACUCGUACCUACGAGUCCAGUACACUACUUGAUCGAACUACUACUAAUUCUCAGCUCUUUCCCGCACCCUCCGCCUCCAGCGGUGAAUCUCUUCUUUCCUUUCCCCCUGCAUUUGCACCCUCGCACGCACCUCUCGACUGCUGUUUGGGAGCCCUGCGUCUUCCCAUCCUCCCGACUCCCUCUGGACCUGCAGCGGCCUGCGAUGUCUGCGUUCGGUUAGCGCAUCAGAACUGCCCCCCAUGGCUUCCAGCAGCCAUGACCGCGGCACUGACGACGACGAACACCUCUCUUCCCAGCACUCAAUUCCCUUGCAGGACCUCUCUGGACCAUUCGACUCUGAUCUCGAGCCGAGAAAUACCGCCGGUGGAGUUGCGAGCAGGCUGAGCCGGUCAUUGACCGGCAGAGGCCGCAGCGGGAUCAAUUACGAGCGCAUCGCGCAUGACUCUCCAAUCGACAGGGUGGUCGGCGUGCCCCCGCAUCACCACGAUGAGGACGAAGGCGCUACGAUUGAUGACCCGGGCGCAUUCGCCCAAGCAAUCUCCUCGGUCGGACUCAGCUUCGACCCCUCGCACCGUGCCUCUCUCACGCCCGAACCUACCCGCGAUGGCUCCAGUAUAGACCUUGACACCGUUCCCUUGGACGGGGCCGAGAAUUAUCUCGCCCACACCGAUACCUACACCGAUACAACCCCGUUGACAAACAUCCGAAACGUACAGCCCAUGGGUGGCGCCUCCAGCUCCGAAGACAUUCUGCACCACGAUGACGGAUACGGUGCGCCCACAGCCCAGUUUGCUGCUGCUGCUGGCAAUCCGGAUGCACGGUUGGGCGACGACCUGGAGGGGGGUUUUCAUGGCAGACGGCGCGGGUUGAGCAGCCCCGGCGAAAGGUCGCGCUCGCUGUCGCCCUCGGCCCCCGGGUCGGCUUUGCAGCGAGCCAGUUCGAUGAUGAAGUCGAUGUCUCAGCGUAUCGUCAAUCUUAGUAACGAGUCGGAGGUCGUGGAGCAGUCGAUAUUGAGGGAGGAGUCGCACAAGAAUGCACGGAUGGAGGAACCGCCGGCCCUGCCGUCCUUACCCGACUAUGCGCACGAUACACCGUCUCCCCUCACGCCUCGCAGCCCGGCGGCUCAUCAUCACGAAAAGCUACCUUCGAACAGCAAGGCGUGGCGCGAGGUCGGCAACCCGUUGAGGGGCAAGUCCCUGGGAUUACUGGGCCCGAAUAAUGCUCUUCGAAUGUGGCUGUGUGACAUCUUGGUUCACCCUUUCACUGAGCCUUUUAUCUUGCUGGUGAUCUUCAUCCAGACAAUCCUCCUGACAGUCGAGUCAUCUCGUUCUGUUUGGAGUCACCCUCGCGAUGUAAAUUGGGGCAAUGCCCCCACGGAUUAUGUCUAUUUAGCGAUCUUCAUCAUUUAUACCCUCGAGGUCGGCGCUAGAAUCCUGGUGUCCGGCUUAAUCAUCAACCCUGCUGAGUACAGUACGAUCGACCGAUCAUUGGGCUUCAGGAAAGCCGUGAUUGAAAAGGGGAAAAACCUCAUCAUCCCCCAACGUCAGUUCUCAGUGAGAAAGUCAUCCGUCGCUCCGGAGCAGCCGCAGGCUUCGAUUAUACGGACGUUCACGGGAGGCUUAAAUCAGUUGGAAAAUCAACAUCAACUGGAGCACCAACUAGCCGAUGAUCCGUUGCAGAAGAGUCGCGUGAGACUGGCUCAUCGUGCGUUUCUCCGCCACUCGUUCAACCGUCUCGACUUCGUCGCGUUGAUUGCUUAUUGGGUUUCUUUUUUUCUCUCGGUUUAUGGGGUCGAGACUCGCCAGCAGCUGUAUGUCUUUAGCAUGCUCAGCUGUCUCCGAAUCCUUCGUCUUCUGGCCCUGACGAAUGGUACUUCUAUCAUCCUGCGAAGUCUUAAGAAGGCCGCGCCACUGCUCGUGCACGUUGCAUUUCUCAUUGGUUUCUUCUGGCUCCUGUUUGCCAUUGUCGGCAUCCAGAGCUUCAAGUCCAGCUUGCGGAGAACUUGUGUUUGGAUCGGGGUAAAUGGUCAAGACAACUAUACGCAGGAUGAACAAUUCUGUGGUGGCUACCUCAAUGACGGCCAACACAUGCCAUGGCUAAGUGCUGACGGGCUUCCCACCACAUCCAGCCCGAAGGGUUACAUCUGCCCUCAAGGGUCUUUAUGCAUUGAAGGCGACAACCCUUACAAUGGGACUAUGAGCUUUGACAACAUCCUCAACUCGCUGGAGCUUGUGUUUGUGAUCAUGACAUCGAACACAUUUACGGACAUUCUUUAUUACACUACCGACAGUGACUACCUGGCCGCGUCUCUUUUCUUUGUGUGUGGGUUGAUCAUUCUGAGUUUGUGGAUGGUCAACCUGUUGGUUGCGGUCAUUACGCAUUCCUUCCAAGUCAUCCGCGAAGAAAGCAAGCGCAGUGCAUUCGCCGUGCAGAAGAUAGACUCGACCGACAAGGAGGACCCGUCCGCUCGCAAGAUAAGUACUAUCAAACGCAUCUAUGACAAGACGGAAUGGCUUUGGGUCUGUAUCAUCAUCUUUGACUUGGUCGUGCAAGCCCAGAGAAGUGCUUCUAUGGGCGCUGAUCGCCAGGCUCUUAUUGACAACACAGAGAUUAUUGUUACCAUCGUAUUCCUGGUUGAGAUUCUCUUGCGCUUCGCCUCCGACUGGCGCAGUUUCCAUACCAAAGCCCGGAAUUGGGUUGAUCUGGGCUUGGUGAUUGUGACUUGUGUCAUUCAAAUCCCUGUCAUCAGGAACACUCGUGUUUAUGAUGUCCUCACGAUGUUCCAAAUUCUUCGAGUGUAUAGAGUAGUCCUCGCGUUCACGGUGACCAGGAACCUUAUCAUGGUAGUCUUCCGCAAUGCUACUGGAUUGCUGAAUCUUAUCGUCUUCGUCUUCCUGAUCACGUUCCUUGCAUCCAUCUUCGCAACGGAGCUCUUUCGGGGUCAAAUCCCGGAGGAAGACGAUGGCGGAGACUUCAUCUACAUUACUUUCUCCGAUAUCUACAACUCAUUUCUGGGGAUGUAUCAGAUCUUGUCUAGCGAGAAUUGGACGGACAUCCUGUACAACGCCACGACAUACACGGAAACCUACAAGACUUCGUGGAUCUCGGCAACUUUCCUAAUCAUGUGGUUCAUUGUCUCCUGUUUCAUCGUUCUGAACAUGUUCAUUGCUGUGAUUCAGGAAAGCUUUGAUGUAUCAGAAGACGAGAAGCGGCUCCAGCAAGUCAGGUCAUUUUUGGAGCAGAAGCAAGUCAACAUGUCUUCGCAGGGAAACCUGUCCCUCUCGAAGAUCCUGAUGAUGGGCCGGAACUCGGAGCGCUACAAGGAUCCUCUUGAUCACGGGCCAGCGGCGCUGGAGAUGCUACUGAAGGAUGCUGUUGUGCAGGAAUUCCUCGACGAGCAGGAGCCGCCAGAGUCCGAACGGAGGGAAAGCGUGCCGUUGGAAACGACGACUACAGCGGAGACGUCGCAGCCUGGUAUCUUCUCGCGCACCUGGAACAAGUUCGCGACAUCUGUCAUGCGUCGAGAGCCCAAUCCGUUCUACUCCAAGCUGAAAUUCUCGCGAGCAUACGACGAAUUGGAUCCGAGGACAAUGGCUCGGGAAGUUGUCUCGGCCGCCGAGCAGAGAAAGCGGGCUCAACGCGACUAUCUAAUGCGCCACCCCAAUUACAACAAGUCAUUGUUCAUGUUCGCGCCGGAUAACGCAGUCCGGAAGUUCUGCCAGCGUAUGGUCGGUCCCGGACGCGGCACCCAGCGAGUGGAGGGUGUCGAUCCAUAUAAGCCCGUAUGGUUCACCUUCUCUGCUUUCAUCUAUGCCGCCAUUGUCGCGAUGGUUCUGCUGGCCUGCAUUACUACUCCGAUCUACCAGAGCACUCACUUUCAAAAUAACCGAGACUGGUUCACUUACACGGACAUGGGCUUUGCGAUCUUGUUCACGAUCGAGGCACUCAUCAAAGUCAUUGCUGAUGGGUUCUUCUGGACGCCUAAUGCGUAUUUCCGAAGUUCAUGGGGUUUUCUUGAUGGCAUCGUCUUGAUAACUCUUUGGAUCAGUGUGGGAGGUUCGUUGUAUCAGGACUGGGGUCUGACCCGGGCGAUUGGGGCUUUCAAAGCACUUAGAGCUCUGCGACUGCUGAACGUCAGUGAUAGUGCCAAGGGUACUUUUCAUUCGGUCAUCAUCGUUGGAGGAUGGAAGGUCAUUGCUGCUGCUGCGGUCUCGAUGAGUUUUCUGAUCCCCUUCGCUAUCUACGGGGUCACGCUUUUCGCUGGGCGGAUGGUCCAGUGCAAUGAUGGCGAUGUAGCCGGUAGCCUGGACGCCUGCAUCGGCGAGUAUAUGAGCUCGCCUUCCAACUGGGAUGUGCUUGCGCCUCGAGCCGCUGCCAACCCCUACUACGACUUUGACAAUUUCGGAGACUCCCUCUUCAUUCUGUUCCAGAUCGUCUCCCAAGAAGGGUGGAUCGAUGUGCAGCAGAGUGCAAUGAGCAUUGUUGGGGUCGGACAGCAACCUCAGGACUACAUUGCGCCGGAGAACGGGCUGUUCUUCAUCGUGUUCAACUUGCUCGGUGCCGUCUUCGUUCUGACCUUGUUCGUGUCUGUUUUCAUGCGCAAUUAUACGGAACAGACCGGAGUGGCCUAUCUUACUGCGGAACAGCGUUCGUGGCUGGAGUUACGGAAGCUGCUGAGGCAGAUCAACCCUUCCAAGCGGUCCUUCGACAACAAGACCAAAAAGUGGAAGAUGUGGUGCUACCGCGUGGCUGUCAAAAAACACGGCCGAUGGGCCAAGUUUGUAACUUGCAUUCUUACGCUUCAUCUUCUGCUGUUGGUCUUGGAGUUCUACCCCGAGGCCCAUCUGUGGAAUUCGAUCCGACAGAUCUUGUUCUUUGCGUUCAACAUCGUCUACAUCGCCAAUGUAGCGAUCCGAAUCCUUGGCCUUGGCUGGCACCGAUUCAGCAGAAGUUCCUGGGACCUUUACUCGUUGAUCUCGGUACCUGGAACCCUGAUCACGACCAUCCUGACCUUUGCGAACUCAGGCCAUGUGGUCUCUGAGCUGAACAAACUCUUCCUUGUGUCGAUUACACUGCUGAUCAUUCCUCGCAACAACCAGCUCGACCAACUGUUCAAGACAGCUGCAGCCAGUUUCACGGCGAUUGGCAAUCUGCUAGCCACCUGGUUUGUGCUGUUCCUGGUCUUCGCGAUCGCAAUGAACCAGGCGUUUGGCCUGACCAAAUUCGGCUCUCAAGAAAGCGACAAUAUCAAUUUCCGCGACAUCCCGCGCGCCCUGAUCCUCCUCUUUCGGAUGAGUGCCGGUGAGGGAUGGAACGAGGUCAUGGAAGACUUCGCCACCAUGGAACCGCCCUACUGCACGUACAGCAGCAACUACUUCGAUGAUGACUGUGGCAGCGCACCGUGGGCUCGCUCGCUCUUCAUUGCGUGGAACAUCAUCAGCAUGUAUCUCUUCGUGUCGUUAUUCACGUCCCUGAUCUUCGAGAGUUUCUCGUACGUGUAUCAGAAGAGCAGCGGGCUCUACGCCAUCAGCCGCGAAGACGUCCGUCGCUUCAAGCACGCAUGGGCUACGUAUGAUCCGGAUGGCACGGGAUACAUCACCAAGGAGCAGUUCCCGCGUCUGCUGGGAGAGUUAUCCGGAAUGUUCUCCAUGCGGAUCUACGACGGCGAAUUCACGAUCCCGCAGAUUCUGGAAGAAUGUCGGGUUGACCGGCGCGACUCGCUUCUUGCGCAUCGGAGAGUGGUCGAGGGGCUUGAUCUGGACAAGAUGUCUCGCAUCCUGCGGCGCAUCCCGGUCGAGAAUAUCCGCAAGCGACGACAGCAGCUCAACUCAUUCUACGAGGAAGUGUUGGUGUCUGCAGACCCGGUGCGCGGCAUCUCGUUCCACUCGUGUCUCAUGAUCCUGGCGCAUUAUAACGUGAUCAGUGACAGUAAAAGUCUCCGGCUCGAGGAGUUCCUGCGCCGCCGAGCCCGCCUGCAACGGGUGCAGGAGACCAUCCGACGGCAGACGGUCAUCGGGUUCUUCGACACGCUGUACUGGUCGCGGCAGUUCCGCCGCAAGGUGGAGCACAAGAAGUCGGCCCGGAUGAGCGCGGUGCCACAGUUCUCGGUGCCGGAGAUUUUCGUGGACGACGGAUCGCAAGACGAGCCCACGGCCAUCACCAACGUGGCCCCUGGCCCUGCCGACCCCUUCGGUGGUGGUGGUAGUGGUGAGGAGCCCCUCCAACCGAUGCUAUCCCCAACCUCGCCCACGCGACGCGACGGCGGUGGCCCGUCCCGACUGGGCGGUCUGCCCCCAAUCGACACCAGCAUGGGCGGACGUAUCUCGGCGGCGAACUCGCCGACCGAGUGGUCGAGCAUCAGCCCGUCGCUGUCGCCGCGGCGGGAGCGGGCCAACACGACCUCGUCGUACGGCAGCGGGCCGGACGUGCUAGAGGAGAUCCAGAGCGCGACGUCGGAGCGGCCGCCCAACGUCAACGACGUGAUGCAGUCGCUGGGCGACUCGGCGUGGGGCGAGAGUAUCCGGCGUAGUUUCACGCAGCGACGACGGUCGGGCGAGUAAAUAUGCGUGAAUUUGUUUGUGAGCCUGUGCCCAUGUGGAGCAUGGCUUUUUUGUGUUUUUUUUUUUUUUUUUUU